AUGCGUGGUAGCGACUUGAAGGAAACUUUUCAAAAGGACCGUUCAAUUCGAUUUCCAUGUUCAGAGCUAACCUUGAGCGGGAUUAUUCAUCUUUUACCCAACGCUAAUAAGACUAAAUUCUUUAUCGCAGUGAUGCUUUCUGGAGAUUCCACCAAAAUAUUAACCGCUCUAGUCACUUCCAUUAAUCGCCUACUCCCAGAGGGAAGUAAGUACUACGAUAAUUCUCAGUUACAUUUGUCCAUUGGAGAAAUUAAAAUUGAUCGGAACAGCAUACAACUAAUGACAAUCUUACAGAAUUUCCAGACCCAGGAUGAUAAGGACCCGUUGUACGUGCCUGCGCGAACAAAGGAGUCUCUAGAUAUAUCUAAGUUGAGUCCUCAGGAGUACAAGCUUUACAAAAUGUAUGGGAAAUUACCCAAAACCUCUGAUGUGCUACAGGAUAAAUUGAAAGACCGCAAGUUUUUUGACAGUGGAGACUAUGCAAUGUCUAAGGCUGGCACCAAAAAAGAACAGGUGGUGGGUUCUGUUAACCCAUUAAGGCAGCCAAACAUCGAGAGUAUGGCUAGAAUCAAUAGGAACUCGUUUAGUGGGAGCAACGCUCCUUCAUUACUUGGAGUGAAUCGGGAAAAGUCCAAAUUGGAAGAAGAUUCUACGGACUCAGUUAUUGAUGACGAUUAA